AUGAAGCCAGCCAUGGAAACUGCAGCGGAGGAAAACGCAGAACAAAGCCAAGAGAAAAAAGUGAUCACCAGACCAGAAAUGGAAAUUGGCAGGUACCACUGGAUGUACAGGAGUUCAAGGCCACACCGGUACCAUCAUGUGCCAGCAUUGAGAGGCAAUAUUAGUCCUUUGGGGAUUCAAGGUUGCUUUGAAUGUUGCAUUAAGUGCCUAGGAGGAGUGCCAUAUGCUUCGCUUGUGGCAACCAUUCUCUGCUUCUCGGGGGUAGCGUUGUUUUGUGGCUGUGGCCACGUGGCGCUCACGGGAACCGUGACUAUCCUCGAGCAGCACUUCUCCACGACUGCCAGUGACCAUGCUUUGCUGAGUGAAGUAAUACAGCUAAUGCAGUAUGUAAUUUAUGGCAUUGCAUCAUUUUUCUUCUUAUAUGGAAUAAUCCUUUUGGCAGAAGGUUUUUAUACAACAAGUGCUGUGAAGGAGCUGCAUGGAGAGUUCAAAACGACAGCCUGUGGCCGCUGCAUCAGUGGAAUGUUUGUUUUCCUCACCUAUGUGCUUGGAGUGGCCUGGCUUGGGGUCUUUGGCUUCUCUGCUGUGCCUGUCUUUAUGUUCUAUAACAUAUGGUCAACUUGCGAAGUCAUCAAAUCUCUUCAGACAAAUGUGACAGUUCCAGGGGACCAGAUCUGCGUGGAUAUCAGGCAAUACGGUAUUAUCCCUUGGAAUGCUGUACCUGGCAAAGCCUGUGGUCCGAUUUUAGAGAACAUCUGCAACACGAAUGAGUUCUACAUGUCUUACCACCUGUUCAUUGUGGCUUGUGCUGGAGCUGGUGCCACUGUCAUAGCAUUGAUCCACUUCCUCAUGAUACUGUCUUCUAACUGGGCCUACUUAAAGGAUGCAAGCAAAAUGCAGGCCUACCAAGAUAUCAAAGCAAAAGAAGAGCAGGAGCUUCAGGAUAUCCAGUCUCGGUCAAAAGAGCAACUCAAUUCUUACACAUAAAUGUAUGCCACAGUAAUUCAGCAGAAGAAUUCUGUAGCUCUGACAAAUCAACAAAUAGCUGCUCUGCAGUACAGAUGUGUGUCUACCAAACAAAAUUAGAGAGAAGUGAAAAGCUUCAUGUUCCAGCUCCUGGAACGCUUUCACAGGGAAAUCUUCCCAAGGGUAAUCUUCCAUCCUUUCAUAGAGAGAAUGGAGGGUUUAUUCCAGGCAUUUUAAAAGGCAACACUUCACAAUAAGUGACCAAAUUAUUCCUCUUUGAGACUUUUGGUAUUUAGUAUUUGACAUGUUCUACAGCAUGACGUCCUGCACAAAACCGUGGCAGGUGCUCCAAACCAGCAGGCAGUAGAUCUCUGCACGUGAUUUAGUAUCUCCGUUUAUAUACCAAUGAAACUGUGGCCGGAUUUCUGACAGCUCGUGCUUACGUGACAGCACAGUUGCAGCAGUUUGAAGUUGCAACGGGGCUGUCUUUGAACACUAUUUACACGGGCCACAGGAACAGCACUCUGCUUUUGUGCCACACUUUUUUAUGAUGAAGCAGUCACACUCCUGUGCUUACCUGAGUGCUGAGCAGAAGUCCUGAGUUUUAAUCUUUUUAUUAACUAUUUAAUGGAAUGUAGAUCCCUGGAUCUGGAUAAUGAUCCCCUUCUUUGAAAAUAAAUGUCAGCUUUGCCUUAAUAUUUAUUUUCUAUAAAUGUCUUAGCAUUUAUAUAGUGGCAGGAGACCAUUAUCCUACAUUUUAAGUAAGUGAAAAGUGUUACCUUAUUAAAAUGACACUGAUCUGACUAUUCCAAAUGAGCGGAUGAGAAAGUUUGCAGAGUUUUACACAAACAAUAAAAAUUACAGCCAUAAAACAGAAUACAGGAUGUCCACCUUUCUCUAUCUUGGUGCUUAGCAAAUUUAUAGUCAGUGCUUAUGUGUAUUCCUUUUUACAAAUUAAUUAGCACAUGAAGAAAACGUGGUGUUCAGAAAAAAACAACAACAAACUGGUGCCAUUUUAAAAGUCAUUUCCCAUAGAAGUCUGCCUUCUAAUUAAUGUUUUUUUCAGAAGCAUUCAGUGAUAUCUUGAGUAUUAGUGAUGGUAUAUUUGGUGUUUGUUCUAUAUGAUAUAUAUAUAUAUAAAUAAAUGUUGGGGGGGGAAAGUAAAAUGCAUCAGUCAUUUAAAAAAAUUAAAUAUUUAAGUCAUACCCAUGUUAAGCUGACGUGUGGUUUGAUAGUUUUGACUGUUUGCUGAAUAUAAAUCAAAGGAAGCACAAAUUUCUUCAAGUCAGUAUUAAGAGAAAAGGCAUUUUGGGGGGUAUUAAUUUCAAAUAUAAUUUUUUUGUUAAAUAUUGGAGUCUAAUUUGACAGUUUCAAAAAAGGGGCAAAGUUGAUCAAUGUAGAGCAAAUAUGACAAAAUAGCCUAGUGUAUGUUCCUACCUGUUGCAUGAAGGAGACAUUUCUACAGCAAUGCAGGUGAUGUUCUAGCCCAGUGUUUGCAUAAGGGUAAUAAUGGAGGCAGUGUCUUAAAGCCUAAUUCUUUUCUAAUUCAGUGUAGCUAUUACUGGGAGUUUUUGAAGUUUUGUUUAAGUAGUCUAAUAUUUUUAUGUAAAGAGCAUUAAAUUUUGCUAUGUAUAAAUUUUUGUAACCUAACAGUGAAUCAAUAUUUUCUAUCAGUGCCAAGGGCUUCCUGUAGUUACAUCCAAGUGUUAAAAUAAAUAUUUGUAGAUAAUAGA